CCGGUUACCUUCAAUGAUGAUAUCUCAAGGCCGUUGCCCAAGAAUUGCCUAGAGUACGCGAAAGUGCACAGAAGCUGAGUAUGGAGGACUGAAAGCAUGGCGUCACGAGACUCGAUUGAUUAGCGGCAUUCGGAGAACUGGAUCUGUAAAUGUAUAUACAGAUAGAGGGUUCGGCCUCCUGAUCGAGGAGUCGGCUCAUCUCCGACGAAACAGUUAAACUUUGUCACAGCCCCUCGCUUGUUUGUCCUCUUGUCCCUCUCCGCCUACGGUUUACCGUCCGUUCUGUUUGAUGACAUUCAGUGUGACAAUAUCACAGCCCCUCGUUUGUUGUCCUCUUCUCUCUCUCUGCCUACGGUUUACCGGGCAGUUCUGUUUGUGACGAUAUAUAUAUAUAUAUAUAUAUAUACGACGAUAUAUAUACGAUAUAUAAACCCCUCAUUUGUUGUCCUCUUCUCCCUCUCUGCCUACGGUUUACCGGGCAGUUCUAUUUGACGAUAUAUAUAUAACUCGAACAAUAUGUGUGAUAGGCCAGCAGUUGAGUGAUCGUGUGCUUCUUUUUUUUAUUUAUUUUUUAAUUUUUUUUAUUUUAAUGAACUGCGGCCGUCUUCCAUUUCAUCUUCAAGGUUUUUGUGUCCUGUUCCUUCUUCCUGGGUUGUUGGGGCGCUUUUCCUUUUCUUUCCCCCCCCUUCGCCCCCCCCCCCCACCCCGUCCUGGCCCCAUUUUGUGACCUUUAAUGGACUCUGAUUUGUGAGUAAGGCUAGGCUACUAGCGGAGGGAGUCGGGGGGAAUGGUAUCCGGAUCCAGCCUGCUCUUUUGUGCCCUUUGUUCCAUACCCCUUAAAUAAUAAGGUACAGCCUACUUGUGCUCGUAGUAGUUUGCCCAGCUGGAAGGCAGACACAGACUUCUUCGUGACCUAAUAAUCGAUUUGAUCUUUUUUUUUUUUUUUUUUUUUGUAAUCAUCUUCUUUUAUAUUAGUCUUCUACUAUCUAAUUACUGUAAGAAGACAAUCGAGUGUGAUGGAGGGGUUGCGCAGGGCUGGGGCCCGAACUUGUCGGUCCAUUUUUUUGUCCUCGUCCUCCCCUCUGUGCUACACUCCUGCCGCUGCGUUUGCAACCAGUAAGGCGAAGGCUGCGCCGAAGAAGAAAUCGGUAAUAUCCAAAAGCGCGAAGUCGAAAGCAGCAAAGACUCCCAAGGCCAAGGCUGAACCAGCGAAGGGCAAGUUCGACGGUCUCUUGGACAAAUACCUCCAGCCUCUUGCGCAUCCAUCAGAGGCAUCCAGCAGCACAGAGGAGCAGAGACAAAGGGAGAGGGAGAUGGCAUCGCAGUACAGCCGCCUUCUGAUGGGCCGGCACAGGGCAGAGAUGAAGGCUCUGAAUCUCCAGAUUCAGCUUAAGGAAGCAGCAAUUGCAGCGCUUCCCGAGGAUUUGCGGGAAGCAGCGCUGGUGCCCGAUUUGACGCCGUUUCCAAUUAACAGAUUUGCGGCGACCCUGACCCCUCCGAUUGCCGGCUAUGUGGAAGAGACCACAAAGGAAGCGCAAAGAGCGGCUGCAGGCUCGAAGAGCAGAUAACAGCAGUAGUAGCCCAGGGAUAGCUAGCUUGCUUGCUUUCGUGUAAAGCGUAGUGUGUCUUCUAGAUGUAGGCAGCAGCAGCCUGGUAGCCACCACCCCUUCUUCAUAGCCAAAGGGACCAUACCCCCCCCCAACCCUCCUUGCCCCCCCCUUCAGCGCCCCCGCCCCUCCCCUACCACCUCUCCGACCCCAAUUUGUUUGUUUUUCAAAUGUGACACAUCUAGGCAGCAGCCUGGUAGCCACCACCCCUCCUUCACAGCCAAAGUGAUCAUACCCCCCUCCUUGCUGCCCCCCCCCUCCCUCCCCCACCAUUCCCUCCACCUCCACCUCUCCGACCCCAAUUUGUUUGUUUUUUUAAAUGUGACCUUCCUUGUUGGUUCGUCGGACUGUAUCGGAGCAGUUUCUUGUUUCCAAAUGAUUCAAAUUGAAUGAAUUGGGCGGCGUUGACGCGGAAACAAAAUCCAUUAUGAACG